ACUUGUGAAUGAACUCCAAAGACUGCGCGUAACCGCGAUGGACACCCUGGACCAGCCUCGCUGCGCACGCUGGGAUUGCCUUGCGACAUUGCCACGCAGUUGAGAUAUCAUAUCCUCCAACCUUCACUAGACGUGUGGGACAGAAUAUCAUCACGUAUUUUGUGAGCUUGCACUUGUAACAACGUUAUAUAAAAUAGGUUUACUCAUUUUAACGCAACUGAUGCUAAAAGCUGCUCAAAACUACACCAUUUUUUUUUUUUUUUUACCGUAAAAGAAUAUUCAACAAAUGGAAAAUAAGAGUAAUAUUGCACAGUGAUUAACGGCGUAGAUUAAGUAACCAGCUGUACUUGUAGGCCUUAAUGGAGGCCUGGACAUUCCUGUGGAGCGCUGACGCUGGUGGCAAGAUAGGGAGGGACAUGGCCAGGUAAUGAUGGCGUGAGCUCCGUGCGCACUGCCUGCCGCAAAUUUAGCCAAAUUUCCCCCAGCCAGAGUAAUAUGAAACUAGCCUUCGUGAACAGCAACCAGGAUGAUUUAUGAUCUGGCUGACCUCAACUAUAGCCACAACGUGAGCGACGACCCGUUCAGCUUAUUGGACCGGGAAUGGAGCGACACUCCGAAAGAGACCCUCUCCAGGACUGGCUUCAUCGUGCUCUCCGUGUUUCUGGGCUUGAUCAUGACCUUCGGCUUCCUCAACAACUUCGUGGUACUGCUCCUCUUCUGCAAGUUCAAGAAGCUGCGUACCCCGGUCAACAUGCUCCUCCUCAACAUCAGCGUGAGCGACAUGCUGGUGUGCAUGUUCGGGACCACGCUGAGUUUUACCUCCAGUAUCAAGGGAAAGUGGCUCCUGGGCCGCCACGGCUGCUUGUGGUACGGUUUCAUCAACUCCUGCUUCGGUAUUGUGUCGUUGAUCUCCCUGGUGGUCCUGUCCUACGACCGCUACAGCACCCUGACCCUGUACAACAAGCGUGGUCCUGACUACCGCAAGCCCCUGCUGGCUGUGGGGGGCUCCUGGCUCUACUCCAUAUUCUGGACGGUGCCCCCCUUGCUGGGCUGGAGUAGCUAUGACUUGGAGGGCGCCGGCACCAGCUGCUCUGUGUCAUGGACCCUGAGGACGGCUCAGUCCCACGCCUACAUCAUCUGUCUGUUCAUCUUCUGCCUGGGUCUGCCCAUCGUCAUCAUGGUCUACUGCUACUGUCGGCUGCUGUGGGCCGUCAAACAGGUGGGUAAGAUACGUAGGACAGCGGCACGGCGGAGAGAGUACCACAUCCUGUUCAUGGUGCUGACUACAGUGGUGUGCUACAUAUUGUGCUGGAUGCCCUACGGCGUGGUGGCCAUGAUGGCGACGUUUGGCCGGCCCGGCAUCAUCACCCCCGUGGCUGCGGUGGUGCCCUCACUCCUGGCCAAGAGCAGCACUGUCAUCAACCCUCUCAUCUACAUCCUCAUGAACAAACAGUUCUACAGGUGUUUCCUCAUCCUGAUCCAGUGUGAACGGCGCUCCGCGGAGAACGGCCAAUCCUCCAUGCCUUCCAAGACCACCGCCAUCCAGCUUAGCCGCCGUGUGUACAGCAACACGGUGGCGUGCACCGCCCGGAUCUCCACGGGUAUCCAGAACCAUGGCUGCAGCACCCUGGUCACAGAGCACACCAACCCACCCGAGGUCACUCUCUCAUGAGCGGGCACGCCGGGAAGGCCUGGUGGGUGUUGAUGCAUGGCUCAGCUAGCUAGCUACUGUACUGUGCCGACCAAUAGGCUCCAAGGCCCAUGCGCUCGUCUACUCCAGCCCAACCCCUUCCAUUUGUUUACCAACUGCUGUGUUUAUCUUUAUGUAGGAGUGAAAUUGUACAUGCUGUGUGUGCAAGAGAAAGUACAUUUCUGUAUAUGUAUACAUGAGGGAGGGGAGGCUGUAGAGUGAGCAUGUGUGCUGCAUUCAAAGGGGAGAGAGGGUGUGUGUGGUUAUGAACUGUGUGUACCAUUUGAUCUCACUCGGCCUGUUCUCUCUGGCUUGUCUCUGUGUAGGUGUAAAAACCAUUGCUCGAUACACUUGCUUCUUUUCUAAACACAUCGACUGCCCAAGUGAAAAGGAGUAUCUCUGUCACAUUUCACCCCCUCAACACACACACACUUACCCCACCCCUCUAACACACACACACACACUUACCCCACCCCUCUAACACACACACACUUACCCCACCCUCUCACACACACACUUACCCCACCCCUCUAACACACACACUUACCCCACCCCUCUAACACACACACACUUACCCCACCUCUCUAACACACAUACACACACUUACCCCACCCCUCUAACACACAC